AUGAGCAUAUUAAAUUGUCUUGAUAUUGCAUAACAAAUAGCUAAAUGUAUUUUGUAAAAGAGGUAUAAACAUAAGGUGGAUAUGAAUUUUAAUCUUGAAUGUAAUUUAAUUAGAAAGAGAUGGAAUUCUAAUGGGGAAAAUAAUUUAGCAAUUCAAUUUUAUUUGAAAAAAUAAUUGAAACCUUAUUUAGUAGAGGAAUGGAAUAUUUUGUGUAAUUUACAAUAGAUAAACGAGAAUUCUUAGUAAUUUUUUGAAAAAUGCAUUGAAUUAACAUAAUUAACUCCAUUAUAAUAAAAGUAAGAUAAUGAAAUAGAUCAUAUCAUUCAUUUGAAUGAGAAUAAAAGUACAGAUUGGAUUGAUCCUAAUUUAAUAGCUACAUUACAAAUUUAAUUAUCAAAUAAAAUGACAGUAAACGUUGCAUAUUUAUAAAACUUUGAUCCAAUUGAAUAAAUGGAAAAAGAAUCAGUUAAUGAAUUUAAAUCUUUUCGUAGAGAUAGAUUUUUAUCUGAUGAUAUACAUACAUAAAAUGGUAUUUAAAUAAAAUUAAAUAGAAACUCAAAUACGUAAAACAAGUUUUCAUGAUUUAGAUGGUUUAAGGAAAUACAAAAAAAAUUAAGCUAUAAUUACAUAAGCAAUUCAUAGAAAGAAUGAUUCUUUAUGUAAUAAUAUAUUUUAUUAUUAGCAUCUAAUUCUAGUAAAAAUAAAUCAACUCAAUUAUUAACAAUUAUUAAUAAAAAAGAUGAUGUAGAAAUAUUAUCAUCUGCUGAAGAUGCUUAAAAAAUUAUUGAUUAAGAUGAAAAUGGUGAUUAUGAAAUUUAAAUGAUUAUUGAUGAAUAACCUAUGGAUAAAGGAUAAACUGUAAUUAUUAAAUCAAUUUCAUAAAUGCAUCCUGUUACAGAUUUAAUUCUAAAAAUUAGAGAGAAAAAACAUCAUUAUAGCUAAUAAUUAAAUGAAACUUUGAGUUUUAUUAAAAGUUACACCUGA